GAAGCGGCUCCUCCUCCGUUUAAAAUGGCGGCCCAUCAAUAAGCUCCAUCAGUGGCGGCGGGCUGAUUGACUCCGGACUUCGCUUUAAAUCACUACAAGACCAGUGACUGAGAGGUAAUCUAGAAUUACCGGAGGCCUCGGCUAUUAACCAUAAAGCCUCGGCUGGCAGAAGCCAAAACUCUGGAAGAUUGAAUCGAACUGGCCGCUUCAAGUCGUUGGAAACUUCCGGACGGCCCGAAAAGCUUGGAUAGGAAGUCCCCACCCCCCUCGCGUUUGGCAUCCUUACUCUGAUUGGCGGUCGGGAUGAUAUACCUGAUUCCGAUUGGCCACAGUCACUGCCAGUUAGAGCUCCUGGACCGGAAGUAGGUGGUGGUCGUUUCCAGGCCUCAGCUGGAAGUAGCUCGGUAAUGGAAGCUCAGCAGCAUGAGAAGCUUUCUCAGCUGGUUGAGGAUCUCACCACCUCUGGACAACAAGUGCUAAAUGUAGAAAAGAUGAAGGAGCUUAAGAAAAUCUGCAAGUCAUCUGAGGAUUACAUCAAGCAAGUGUACCACUUAAUCAUGACACAGCUAAACCAAGAGCAUGCAGAGAUCCGCCUGUCUGCUUUCCAAAUAGCAAACGAGCUAUUUGUGCGUUCACAUCAAUUUCGGACAUUGCUUGUUUCCAACUUUCAGGAAUUCCUGGAGCUAACAGUGGAAUCAGAUUAUGAGCAACCUCUGCCUCCACCAAAAGAAAUAGCUCAGAAAUUGAAGGAAAUGGCAAUCAAAUCUGUAGUGGAAUGGCACGAGAAAUACGGGGAAGCUUAUAAGAAACUCUCUUUGGGUUAUCACUUCCUAAAACAAGUUAAGAAGGUGGAUUUCCAAGAUCUUGGGGCUAGAACCCAAGCUGAGAGGAAACGGGAAGAAGAGAGAUUGAAAAGGCUGGAAAAUAUUAAUAAAGUGAAAGUAAACAGAGUGGAACAAGAAAUGGAAGAAAUGUCAGAAGAAAUUCAAAACUCUUUGAUUGAGCUGGAGACUUGUUUCAGACUGCUGCUACCUGAUUUUUCUGAGUUCACCGUUAGUGACGUCGGCUCUCAGCAUGCACAAGAAGCAACUGACCAAACGAACGAUGCAACCUGUAUGACCAGUGGGCAGAAAGAUGAUCACCGAUGCUCCACAGAUUUGUUUGAUGACGAGCAGCCAUGCAGCAGUAAGGACCUUGCGCCGCUGCAUUUGGUGAAUACAGCUCAUGAAAAGUGUAAAUCAGAUUUCUUGUGUCAAAGUGAAGACAGCGAGGAUGAAGAACUUGAACACAGUGGUGAAGUGUUUAUUAGAAAUCAUGGCCUUCUUUCACAUAAGUAUUCCCUCGACUUGGAAAUUCAUACAGACUUAAAGAUCAAAGAGGAUGAAGACAAUAGCGCUGUCAUCAACAACAUAAAGGACCUCCAAAGACUAUUCACUAAUAAAUACUUACCAACUGUCCAGUAUUGGAUCCAGAUACUCACCAAGGCUGGUAUUAGCGACCUUCGCCUAAAACGUGCCAUUGACUUAAAAAUUACAAUUGAUGCAGCACUAAAAAAGCACGAAGAAAUGAACAUAAGUUACAAGAAGAGACAGAGAAAAGUGAUGAAAGCGACCGAUGAGGAUGAUGACGACGACUAUGAUGAUUUUGUUGAAGUUCCAGAGAAGGAAGGUUACGAACCGUACAUUCAGGAGCACCUUCGGGAGGAGUACGGGCUGGAGCCACUGGCACCAAAGAUCAAAGAAACAGUGACAAGAGUAACUCCAUCCCCUGGGCCCCUACCACCAUGGGGGAAUGAUGAGGAACUUGAUCCAACGUGUGCAGCUGCAACAUUAAAGAUCUUUAAGACAAAGCUGUCCAUGGAGGCGUACAACCUGCCUGGAACCUCAGACAGAGAAGACAUACAGGCAUCUACAUCAGCAAGACCUGAAUUAUCCAAUGGACAUGACAGGAAAAGGAAAAGGGAAGCAGAAUUAGAAAAAGCUCCUGUGAUACCUUUUGGGAUUGACCUUUACUACUGGGGAAAAGAGCAGUCAACAACUGGCAGAAUUCUCAAAAUUGACACUCCGCAUCGAUUCUGGGCAUCCAGCAAAGAAACGGAUGAUGAGUCAGAAAAUAAGGAGUUGGAAGCCGCACUGCAAACCAGAUACAUAACCUUUGCAGGAAAAUUUGAACCUGUAAAGCACAAGUGCCGAGCACCUUUGCCCGAUGGAAGAUUUUGUGAACGCCAAGAUCGGUUCAAGUGCCCUUUCCAUGGAAAGAUAAUCCCAAGAGAUGAGCAAGGAAAUCCUGUAAAUCCAGAAGAUAUUCAAAGACUGAAGCAAGAAGAACAGAAAAAGCAGGAAGCGAAAGCUGACUGGCGAGAUCCAGAAUUGAUGCGUGAGAUUGAAGCUGCCACAGGCGUAGAUCUUGGUUCUUCGAAAUUUGACAAACAAAGUAAAAAGGGAAAAGGAAAGAAGAAAAAGUAUCCAAAUCUCACUGAUUUGAACCAGCAGAGUAAUACAACUCGAUCAAGGCUCGAGAAACGAGUGUUCAACAAAACUUCAAUGAAACGAGUGUCUGAAGCAAUGGCUUGUAUAGACAAAAGGAAACAUGAAAAGUUUGCAAACCAGUUCAACUAUGCAUUGCAUUAAGGCCAACAAAAGAAGCAAAAAUGACCACUUUGUUAUCUGACAGCAUUACUUGUAAUUUUCAGGUCUCUUGCAACAUGAGUUUCAAGCUUCUAAAUCUGCCUUUUUUCCCCCCUACAGAAUGUGGUCUUUUUUUAAUUCUGCAGUGUACCUAAUUUAUUGUCAAGGAUUUUUCCUACAGCAGUGUGCUACAUUUAUAAAGAAUUGAGUAUUUCAUUUAUGUAAUUAUUGUAAUAGGUGAUAAUUAUGAUUGAUAAUGUAAUAUAAAAAAAAUGCUUGGACUUCA